UGCACCCCUCAUCUAUUUCUUUCUCCCGUCGACCGCUUUGUGCCCCUCUCCCUCUCCCCCCUCCCUCGUGGCCUUCCUUUCCUGGCGGCGACGACUGGGCGAGCGGCGGCGCCCUUCCCUCGACUGUACCGGGCCCUUCGCCGGCGACGAUCACCCACCAGUGCGGGAGGAUGGCUGAGCCGUCCAAGGUAAUCCACAUCCGCAACGUCGGGCACGAGAUUGCCGAGUCUGAUUUACUCCAGCUGCUGCAGCCGUUUGGGCUGGUAUCCAAGAUCGUCAUGCUGCGUGCCAAGAACCAAGCUCUUCUGCAGAUGGAAGACAUACAUGCCUCCGUGACAGCUCUGCAAUAUUACAGUUCUGUUCAACCUAGUGUAAGGGGAAGGAAUGUAUACAUGCAAUUCUCAUCCCACCAAGAACUUACCACAGACCAGAGUUCUCAUGGAAGGAAUUCUGAUCAGGAGUCUGAACCCAACCGAAUCCUCUUAGUUACUAUCCACCACAUGAUCUAUCCUAUAACGGUGGAGGUUCUACAUCAAGUAUUCAAAGCUUAUGGAUUUGUGGAGAAGAUAGUCACAUUUCAAAAGUCAGCUGGUUUUCAAGCUCUUAUCCAGUAUCACUCGCGCCAAGAAGCUGUCGAAGCAUUUGGUUCUUUGCAUGGAAGAAACAUAUAUGAUGGUUGCUGCCAGCUAGACAUUCAAUAUUCAAACCUCAGCGAACUGCAAGUCCACUACAACAAUGACCGGUCUAGGGAUUUUACAAAUCCAUCAUUGCCUACAGAACAACGUCCUAGGACCUCUCAGCAAGGUUAUCCUGAUCCAGCUGGUCUCUAUGCCUUCCAACAACCUGGAGCUUCAUACGCACAGAUGGGAAGGGCUGCAAUGAUUGCAGCUGCAUUUGGUGGAACUUUACCUCAUGGAGUGACUGGUACCAAUGAACGGUGCACGCUCAUAGUUAGUAAUUUGAACACUGAUAAAAUUGAUGAGGAUAAGCUUUUCAAUCUGUUUUCUUUGUAUGGAAACAUAGUACGAAUCAAAAUAUUGCGUAAUAAACCAGAUCAUGCCCUAGUUGAGAUGGCUGAUGGUUUGCAGGCUGAGCUAGCUGUGCACUAUCUGAAGGGUGCAAUUCUUUUUGGGAAGAAACUCGAAGUUAACUACUCAAAGUACCCCAACAUCACUCCUGCCCCUGACGCUCAUGACUACUUAAAUUCAAGCCUUAACCGGUUCAACAGCAAUGUGGUAAAGAACUACCGACAUUGCUGUGCUCCAACAAAGAUGAUCCACAUUUCUGCCCUCCCACAAGAGAUCACUGAGGAAGCAAUCCUGAACCACGUGUCUGAGCAUGGUUCUGUCAUCAACACAAAGCUGUUCGAGGUGAACGGCAAGAGGCAGGCUCUUGUCAUGUUUGAGACGGAAGAGGAGGCGACCGAGGCCCUCGUGUCGAAACACGCCAGCACACUGGAGGGGAACACGAUCCGGAUCUCGUUCUCCCAGAUGCAGAGUAUAUAAGCCGCUCUUCCAGGGAAAGGUCUUAAGCCGCUCUCUUGGCCCUUGCGAGCUUUUAUUUAGGAAGCAUUUGAAACUAAAUGUGAAUCCUAUGUGCUGUUCUCCCAGACUGAUGCUGUCUGAGUUGUACCAACAUUUCUAGUGACACUGGCCUUUGCACCAAGGGGUUUCUCUUCUGUUUCUUUCCUGUUCUGUCGUUUAGGUUAUCAAAGGAUUUUACCCCCUUCAUGUCGUGCUAUUCUGAGUUGAAAGGCCUGUUUAUUGUGUGCGGAUCAUCUCUUAUCGCCUUGAGGCCCCACGAAAUAGAUGUUCUGUGUUGGUUUUCGAUC